AUGACUGCUUGUAACUGCCAUGAGUAUGGAUCUCGGGACAACCUUUGUGAUGCCCAGACUGGUCAGUGUCUGUGUAUCUACAAUGUGGGAUCUCGUGACUGUAGUCAGUGUGAGGCCAGAUACUGGGGAUUUCCUCAGUGUAGGGCAUGCGACUGUAACGGAAAUGCAGAAACCUGUGAUGACCUGACUGGAAGGUGUAUUGCAUGCCGUAAUAACACUGCCGGGGACCACUGUGAGAGUUGUGAUGCUGGUUAUUAUGGUGACCCAAGGAAUUAUGUCAGGAAGCCCUGUUGCCCCUGUAUGUGCCCUGGGGGUCCCACCCAGCAUGCUGACUCCUGUUCAGAGGACCCUAGACAGGAGGUCAUUAUCUGCAACUGUCUGCCAGGAUAUCAAGGACCUAACUGUGACACGUGUGCAGAAAACUACUUUGGGAAUCCCUUGGUAGCCAACAUUACAUGUGAACCCUGCCUUUGUAACAACAACAUUGACCCCAAUGUGGACGGUAACUGUGACACAUCCUCUGCGGAGUGCCUCAAGUGUCUUUUUAACACUGAGGGGUUCAGCUGUGAGAAAAGUAAGCCUGGACACCAUGGGAAUGCAACAACCCAGAGCUGUGUAGAGUGUGUAUGUGACCCCUAUGGUACGGACAGGUCAGCUGGGUCAUGUGAUAGAGAGACAGGGCAGUACCCAUGUCUCCCGAAUGUGACCAGACUAAGGUGUGAUGCCUGUCUGGCCGGCUACUGGAACAUCACAAGUGGGGAGGGCUGCUCCGCCUGCAGGUGUGACCCUGAGGGGUCUCUUGGAAUUACCUGUAAUCAGGAGAGGGGUGGAAGGGACUGCAGUCAGUGUGAGAACCUGUACUGGGGCGACCCCAAAAUCCUGUUAUUCCUGUGA